AUGUGGAUGCUGUCAGACUCGCCACGAACGAGCAACAAGAAACAAAGGGAUUGGACACUCUGUGGGUGUUGUUCGAGUGAACGAGGAUUCGAGUAUACGGCAGAAGAGAGAGAGGGAAUUGCCGAUGAAUUUAAAAAGAAUCUUGAUGACGAUAACCCGAUCUUUAUGGUUCGGAUGGCAGAGGCUUUCUUUUUGUUGCCGCCAAUGAAACUCGAGGAGAAGAAUCUUCUCAACGAGGAAUCCCAUAAGGUCAAACGGCGAUGGUGGAAACGGAAUUGA